AUGCCCCAUUUAAAGGUCAAGCAGCUUUUCAAGAAGCUCGAAGUCGCCAAUGAGCCCGGGUUGAGUAAUGGACAGUUGAUGCUAACGAAUAAUGACUUGCGGCCAGUCGACCCCGAACGACGUCAAUGGAAAUGGCUCAACUUUGUUGCAUUUUGGGUGGCAGAUUCAUUAAACAUUAAUACAUGGAUGAUUUCAUCGUCGAUGAUCCAAGAUGGCUUGUCCUGGUGGCAGUCGUGGAUAUGUGUCUGGGUGGGAUACUUCAUUGCGGCCUGUUUCGUAUAUCUUACAGGUCGGAUUGGAGCUGUAUACCAUAUCUCGUUUCCCGUCACGGCUCGAGCGUCCUUUGGAAUCUGGGGUUCGUUCUGGCCGGUUCUUAACAGAGUGGUCAUGGCUGUGAUCUGGUUUGGUGUGCAAUCAUACAUUGGAGGCGAAUGCGUGACAUUAAUGAUCAGAUCCAUCUGGCCCAGCUACGCAACCCUGCGCAACACCCUCCCAUCGAGCGCCGGCGUCGACACAAUGAAUUUUGUCAGCUUUUUCCUCUUCUGGCUCUGUUCUCUCCCCGCCCUCUGGUUCCCGAUCCACAAGAUUCGCCAUCUGUUCACCAUUAAAGCGUACUACUCGCCUGCUGCAGCCCUCGCCUUCUUUGCCUGGGCUAUUGCCCGUGCCAAGGGCCUUGGGCCAAUCGUGCACCAACCAAACACCGUUCAUGGGAGUACGCUAGCUUGGGCGGUUGUGAAAGCAUUGAUGAGCUGCUUGGGAAACUUUGCAGCCUUGAUCAUGAACAACCCUGAUUUCUCGAGAUUCGCGCGGAAACCGAGAGAUGCUCUGUGGUCGCAGCUGCUUACCAUUCCCUUGGGUUUUGCUGUCACCUCGUUCAUUGGAAUUAUCGUUUCGUCAUCCGCUUCGGUCAUUUUCGGUCAGUUGGUUUGGAAUCCACUCGACCUGUUGGGAAUGUUCUUGGAUGGUGCUAGCUCUGCGGAGCGAUUUGGGAUCUUUGUUAUUUCGACAGGGUUUGCUCUCGCUCAGUUGGGAACCAACAUCGCUGCGAACUCGGUGUCCGCUGGUACGGACAUGACUGCUUUGCUCCCGCGCUAUCUCACGAUCAGACGUGGUGCGUAUAUCUGCGCAGCGGUUGGUCUGGCAAUGUGUCCGUGGAACCUUCUCUCUUCAUCAAACCAAUUUACCACCUACCUCUCCGCCUACUCCAUCUUCCUCUCCUCCAUUGCAGGCGUAAUGCUCUGCGACUACUACAUCAUCCGGCGCGGCUACCUCAACAUUCACGACCUCUACUCCGCUGAAAAAAGCGGAACAUACUACCACUUCUUCGGCUUCUCAUGGCAUGCCUAUGCCUCCUACAUUGCCGGAAUCCUCAUCAACAUUGUCGGUUUCGCGGGAGAAGUUGGCCGCGAUGUACCGAUCGGCGCACAAUAUAUAUACAACGUGAAUUAUUUCUCCGGAUUCAUUGUCUCGGGCACUGUGUACUUUAUCUUGACGAAAAUUGUCCCCAUUCCGGGGAAGAGUGAGAAGUGGCGUGAGGUGGAUAUUGACGAGGAAGUUACUUGGGGAUGGGAUGUUGUGGGUGAUGAUGUUGAGAAGAGGACUUCGUUGGAGUCUGGACAGAAGAGUCCCAAGAUUGACUCUAAAGCAUUACCAUAG